GUGAUUGCAACAUCAUUGUUCUUCUGUGGCCAGCGUUAUGUAACGAGGUGAAGUUCGGAUCAGUGAAACUGUGAAGUGAGAGUUUGGGGUCCCAGCUGGGACCCUCGCUGCUCGGCGACCACUGUGAGGACCUAGACCACAUGUUGAGAAACGCUGUUGUAGCCACAUGAAGGGGUGUGGAAGAGGCAAGUGCGCAGCCACUCAGGGCAGACGGGCACUGGAGCAAAAUUCAUCCCUACUUAACAUGUCAAUCAGGAUUAAUGCCCUUACAAACCUCCUAUUUAGGUUCAUCCAGUUCCUUUCACUAGUGGAAGUUCCGAACCAGGGCAGAGGCAGUAAUAUAUAAGGCAGGACAGGACAGGACAGAACAGGAACGCAACACCAAAGCACAGAGUAGCGCGCACUACGGAGCGUCGCCUGGACUUGUGUUUCACGUUUGUACUCCUCGACGGUAGUUGACAGGCGCAAUGACUGAUCACUCACUGAUUUCGUGAGCGUGAUGCAUGUAGACUGUCAGAGCUCUUCAAGUCACACUGUUCUGUUUUUAAAAAAAAAUAUCUCUCGCCUGUGGAUUAGUUAUGCAACAGUGCAGAUGAUAUUGUUUGCAUGCGGGUAAAGUUGCAGGAGCUCAGAAGUCGCUGUCUGCGCACUCAGUUCACUGUUGGCGGAUAUCUGCGGUGCACGUAAACUUGCAGCGUAAACAUACUUACAGACUAUCCGUGAGCACGUUCCGAAAUGGAGCUGAAGAGCGUGUGUCGUAUGCUUCUUUUCCCGGUUCAAAUCCUCUACUGUAUAGUAAGAGCAAGUUUGAUGUUGCUGUUGCCAAGCAGACGGAAAGACCUCACCAAGGAGGUGGUAUUGAUCACUGGUGGAGGACGAGGCAUCGGACGACACCUGGCCAAAGAGUUUGCCAAGCAUGGGGCCAGAAAGGUGAUCCUGUGGGGCAGAACAGAAAAGUGCCUCAAAGAGACAGCUGAAGAAAUUACCCUCUCUGGAACUGAGUGCCAUUACUUCCUGUGUGACGUGGCCAAUCGGGAGGAAGUUUACAAACAAGCCAAAGUGGUUAGAGAAAAGGUGGGAGAUGUUACGAUAUUGGUGAACAACGCAGCAGUCGUCCAUGGCAAGAGUCUGAUGGACAGCGAUGAUGAUGCUCUUCUGAAAUCCCAACACAUCAACACCAUGGGGCAGUUCUGGACAACAAAAGCUUUCCUGCCUCGAAUGCUGGAGCUGCAGCACGGCCAUGUCGUAUGCAUUAAUUCCAUCCUGUCCCAGUCUCCGAUCCCUGGGGCCAUAGACUACUGCACCUCCAAGGCCUCAUCGCUGGCCUUCAUGGAGAGCCUGACACUGGGCCUGCUGGACUGUCCUGGUGUCAGCUGUACCACAGUGCUUCCCUUUCACACGAAUACAGAGAUGUUCCAGGGCAUGAGAGUCAGGUUUCCCCAGCUCUUUCCACCCCUCAAACCUGAAGUAGUUGCCCAGAGGACUGUUGAUGCAGUCAGAACUGACAAGGCUUUCCUCUACCUGCCAUGGACAAUGCACGCUCUUGUCAUUCUCAAAAGCUUCGUGCCACAAGUUGCACUUGAAGAAAUCCACAAGUUUUCUGGGACUUACACCUGCAUGAACACAUUCAAAGGGAGGACAUGAACCUGGACUGUGCGCAAUAUGAGAGCGACCUCAACAGUUCUCGGGUGUGAUGAAGGGAAUAUGGACCUUUACACAUGUGAAAGUGGAGCAGGUCCCAUGAUAGAGUGAAGACAAACACAUGCAAGGGUGUCGCUUCUACAGUUACAAGUAAUUGAUAAACUGCUCGAUACACCCUGAUCCUAUGUAUAUGUAUAUAGUAUGGAGGACUCACUUUGAUCUGAAGCCAUGCAUAGUUCUAUACCAGUAGUUAUUCUGGGAGUUUGACACAUAUUUUGUCGCCUGUUUUUACUUCUUUUUUUUCUUUUUUUUAAAUUCUUUUAAUAUGUCUUUGAAUCAAAACAAGGUAAUAAAAUCGAGUUUUAGAAUUGCACUUUCUCCAUUUGUACAUGAUGAAAAUAGAAAAAGUGAACACUUGGGCGGUAGACAUUGUAUUCUAUCAGGGUUUUGACUCCCAUGGCAGUGCGAUAACAGCUUUGAUUUAUUCCAAGCAUGAGAUCAGUGACUGUGACAGACGAUGUUGUCAAAACAUAAAAUGCACUCAUGGGGGCCAUGUGGGGCAUAUUCUUGUUUGUUCUCUGCUGUCAGAAAAUGGUACAGGGGGGAUAGUGUAAAUCUCAAUAAACACAAUGAACUCAAAACAAGUCAGUCAGGCCCUUCU